AUAAAGAAUUGGUGACGCAUCGUGUAAAAUAUUUUGCGUGGGCCAGAAUUACUAUAUAUAUACCCGGCAGGUAUAAACAUUCAUCAGUUUGUAAGACGUGUUCUAAAAAGAAAGAUCUGCAAUGAAGUUCUCACUCAACCCUUUCGUACUGUGUUUUCUGCUAUGCCUGACAAUCACCUACGCGGAGGAAGAAGCAGGCGCGGCUGCUGGUGGGUCGGAAGGUGAAUCAGGUGGAGGGGGUACAGAAGCUCCGAAGGGAGAGGAAACUGGAUCAACGAAAGAGGGGGAAACUCCAUCUUCUGGCUCAACAGCAGCGGGCGGAGGGGAAUCCGAAGGACCGAAACCGGAGGCACCUGCGUCUACCGGUGGAACAGAAGGGGGUGGUAAGGGAUUCUAA